AUGGAUCCCGCCCGGCUCUCUGCUGCUGUGAACGCAGAGCGGCUGGCCAGGCUGUAUGUCCUGAGCUCCCAGUCUGAACAGGAACCAGAGCUGCCCGAGCUGCUGUGUGCCAUGGAAAGAAACAACACCAGGUUCCUCCUGGCAUUCAGGAAGCGGCUGCACACGGUGGAGCGUCGCUUUGGGGCUCGGGAAACAAUUACCACUUGCCCGGUCUGGGACGACGAACCGCGGCUACAGAACGGUCAGAUGCGGGAAGCCCCCUCCCUGGGCCUGCGUGUGGAGCUCGCCCCAGCCCUGCGGCGCAAGGACACCCAGAUGAGAGACACCUCUCGUGGAGAAGCGCCCGGCGAGCGCUCUGUGGACGCUGGCGACUCCAGACUGCUCCCGGUCAGUCGUGAAUCCACGGGAAAGCUCCCUGUGCCCGGACCCUCCAUCUCCGUCAGCCCCAGCAGGGUGAUCGCCCCGGGGGGAGCCGUCACCAUCCGCUGUCAGUGUCGGUGCGAGGGCAGGAGGUUAUUUCUGUAUAAAGAUGGAAUCGAAAUCCGGAAGCUGGAUGCUGCUGGGGACGGGGGUGAAUUCACCAUCCCCAGGGCCAGACGGGAAGACGGAGGGGUCUACAGCUGCCGAUCUCGUUCCACAUUGGAGCCGCCCAACUGGUCAGAUCCCAGCGAUAUUGUGCGGAUCAUUGUAGUAGAGCUCAUCUACCCCAAACCCUCCAUCUCCCUGCGCCCCAGUGGGGGGGUUGCCCUGGGGGGAGCUGUGACCGUCCGGUGUUGGGGUCGGCACCAGAACAUGAGGUUCCUUCUGUACAAAGAUGGAAACCCGACCGCGCUGCAGGACGUGGAGCCAGCUGGAAACCUGGCUCAGAUUCUGAUUCACAACGUGAGCCGGAGAGAGGCAGGGAGCUACUGCUGCUAUUAUCACGACAAACACGCUGAGGGGCCCCUCGCUGCCCUCAUCAUGGCAUCUGCUCUCACCGUCCUCCUCCUCCUAGGCUGCUGGCUGGCCGGGCACAGCGGGGUGUGGGGACAGCCCAGCUACCCCAAACCCACCAUCUCUGGGAUCCCCAGCGAGGGGGUUUCCUUGGGGGGAUCCGUGAGCAUCUGGUGUAAGGGGCAGAACCAGUUCAUGCAGUUCGUGCUCUAUAAAGAUGGACGCCACAUCCAAAGUGUGGAUUCGCACUCACAGGCUCUGUUUCUCAUCAACAUCGUGAGCCGGGAGCAAGGCGGGAAAUACAGCUGCUCCUAUCGCAGCAGAUCGGGGCCGUUCACGAUGUCGUACCCCAGCGACCCCGUGGAGCUGGUGGUGAGAGAUCCCAGCUUACCCAGACCCAACAUCUCUCUGAGCCCCACUGGGGUCAUGGCCUCAGGGGCAGACGUCACCAUCCGGUGUCAGGGGCAGCGCCAGGACGUGAGGUUCUUCCUGCACAAGGCUGGAGACCGGAUCCCGCAGCGACACAUGGACCCUGCUGGGGCCGGGGCCGAGUUCCGCAUCCCCAGCGUGGGCUGGCAGCACGGAGGGAGCUACAGCUGCAGCUACCGGCCCCGGUCAGAGCCCUUCGUCUCCUCGCAGCCCAGCGACACCAUGCAGCUGGUGGUAGCAGAUCCCAGCUUACCCAGACCCUCCAUCUCUCUGAGCCCCACUGGGGUCACCCCCACAGAGGCAGACGUCACCAUCCGGUGUCAGGGGCAGCGCCGGGACGUGAGGUUCUUCCUGCACAAGGCUGGAGACCUGAACCCGCAGCGACACAUGGACACUGCUGGGAACGUGUCCGAGUUCCGCAUCCCCAGCGUGGGCCGGGAGCACGGAGGGAGCUACAGCUGCAGCUACCGGCCCCGGUCAGAGCCCUUCGUCUCCUCGCAGCCCAGCGACCCCGUGGAGCUGGUGGUAGCAGAGCCCAGCUACCCCAAACCCACCAUCUCUGGGAUCCCCAGCGAGGGGGUUUCCUUGGGGGGAUCCGUGAGCAUCUGGUGUAAGGGGCAGCACCAGGCCGUGCAGUUCUUGCUGAAUAAAGAUGGACGCCACAUCCAAAGUGUGGAUUCGGAUUUACUCACUCUGUUUCCCAUCAACAACGUGCGCCGGGAGGACGGCGGGAUCUACAGCUGCUCCUAUCGCAGCAGAUCGGAGCCGUUCAAUGUGUCAGGCCCCAGCGACCGCGUGGAGCUGGUGGUGAGAGAUCCCAGCUUACCCAGACCCUCCAUCUCUCUGAGCCCCACUGGGGUCACCGCCUCAGAGGCAGAUGUCACCAUCCGGUGUGAGGGGCAGCGCCGGGACGUGAGGUUCUUCGUGCACAAGGCUGGAGACCUGAACCCGCAGCAACCCAUGGACCCUGCUGGGGCCGGGGCCGAGUUCCGCAUCCCCAGCCUGGGCCGGCAGCACGGAGGAGGGGAGUGGAAUCUAAUGGCAGCCCCCCCAGGGCACCCGGAUUUCACCUACGCCAACAUCGCCCACCUGGUGCUGAGCACCAUGGUCCUGUUUGUUCUGGGGCUGAUCCUGUCUGAGGCCUAUUACAGCCACCUGAGGGGAGCACCUAGUGCUGAGGGGCCCCUCGCUGCCCCCAUCAUGGCAUCUGCUCUCACCGUCCUCCUCCUCGGCUGCUGGCUGGCCGGGUACAGCGGAGUGUGGGGACAGCCCAGCUACCCCAAACCCACCAUCUCUGGGAUCCCCAGCGAGGGGGUUUCCUUGGGGGGAGCAGUGGCCAUCUGGUGUAAGGGGCAGCACCAGGGCGUGCAGUUCGUGCUAAAUAAAGAUGGACGCCACAUCCAAAGUGCGGAUUCGGACUCACAGGCUCUGUUUCUCAUCAACAACGUGCGCCGGGAGGACGGCGGGAACUACAGCUGCUCCUAUCGCAGCAGAUUGGAGCCGUUCAACAUGUCAGACCCCAGUGACCCCGUGGAGCUGGUGGUGAGAGAUCCCAGCUUAUCCAGACCCGACAUCUCCCUGAGCCCCACUGGGGUCGUGGCCUCAGGGGCAGACGUCACCAUCCGGUGUCAGGGGCAGCACCGGGACAUGAGGUUCUUCCUGCACAAGGCUGGAGACCUGAACCUGCAGCAACACAUGGACCCUAACUACAGCUGCAGCUACCGGCUCCCAUCAGAGCCCUUCGUCUCCUCGCUGCCCAGCGACCCCGUGCAGCUGGAGGUAGCAGAGCCCAGCUACCCCAAACCCACCAUCUCUGGGAUCCCCAGCGAGGGGGUUUCCUUGGGGGGAGCAGUGGCCAUCUGGUGUAAGGGGCAGCACCAGGGCGUGCAGUUCGUGCUAAAUAAAGAUGGACGCCACAUCCAAAGUGCGGAUUCGGACUCACAGGCUCUGUUUCUCAUCAACAACGUGCGCCGGGAGGACGGCGGGAACUACAGCUGCUCCUAUCGCAGCAGAUUGGAGCCGUUCAACAUGUCAGACCCCAGUGACCCCGUGGAGCUGGUGGUGAGAGAUCCCAGCUUACCCAGACCCUCCAUCUCUCUGAGCCCCACUGGGGUCACCCCCACAGAGGCAGACGUCACCAUCCGGUGUGAGGGGCAGCGCCGGGACGUGAGGUUCUUCCUGCACAAGGCUGGAGAGCUGAACCCACAGCAACACAUGGACACUGCUGGAAACUUGUCCGAGUUCCGCAUCCCCAGCGUGGGCCGGCAGCACGGAGGGAGCUACAGCUGCAGCUACCGGCCCCGGUCAGAGCCCUUCGUCUCCUCGCUGCCCAGCGACCCCGUGGAGCUGGUAGUGAGAGAUCCCAGUUUACCCAGACCCUCCAUCUCCCUGAGCCCCACCGGGGUCACCCCCACAGAGGCAGACGUCACCAUCCGGUGUGAGGGGCAGCGCCGGGACGUGAGGUUCUUCCUGCACAAGGCUGGAGACCUGAACGCGCAGCGACACAUGGACACUGCUGGGAACGUGUCCGAGUUCCGCAUCCCCAGCGUGGGCCGGCAACACGGAGGGAGCUACAACUGCAGCUACCGGCCCCGGUCAGAGCCCUUCAUCUCCUCACAGCCCAGCGACCCCGUGGAGCUGGAGGUAACAGAGCCCACUCUGCCCAAGCCCUCCAUCAGCCCCAGCGGGAACGUCUCCCUGGGGGGAUCUGUGUCCGUCCGGUGUCAGGGGCUGCGCCCGGGUGUGAGGUUCGAGCUGAAUAAAGGUAGACGCCAUGUUGCACACGUGGAUACGGAGAGGUUGGCGUUUGUGUUUCCCAUCAACAACAUUCAGCGGGAGCAGGGCGGGAACUACAGCUGCUCCCAUCACCACAGAUCGGAGCCAUUCACCGAGUGGAGCGACUCCGUGGAGCUGGUGGUGAGAGGAUAAGGACCAGCCCCGAGACAGAGCAGAUGACACCCCAGCUCUGCUCCCCACCCUGAUCUACCUGCGCUAGGAUUCAGGACUCCUGGGUUCUCUCCCCGGCUCGGGAUGGGAAGUGGGGUCUAGUGGUUACAACAGGGGGGUGAGGAGGUUUUAAUGUUGUACUUUUUAGUUAUUUUCCUAAUGAUAGGUUGAUUCUCAUUAGUUGAUAACCAUGAAAACGGUUAAUUUGCAACUCAAUAGAGUCUUUACGCUAAAUCUGGUGCUUUUUCUGUUGCUAAUCAUGAUGGCAAACUAUAGCUGUGCACAUUGAUUUAAGCUUUUCUAUGGAGUAAUUUACAUUUCUUCUGUCUAAUUUUUACAUUUUGAUUAUGUUGGAAAAUGGCAAAUGAUUCAUUUAUUUCCUAGAUGAUGAUGAUGGAUUUUUACUUCUGAUUUGUCCAAGCUCUGUUUGGAUGGAAAUUCAAAUUCACAGAAACAGCAUUUUCAAUAUGUUUAUUAAUUAAAUAAAAUGUCAAA